AUGGUAGAACGAAAGACUGAUCAGGCUUCGAUUUGUAGCCCUGGGCCGCGUGAGGCCAGUAAGCAAACAUCGGCGCCAGGAAGUGUCUAUAUACGAAAUCAAUGAGGAUAGUCGUUAUUAUUUUGCAGUCAACCACGAACCUUUUGAAUUGUUAACCGAAGUUCUGGAAUGCGUUUUCGAACAGGAAGUGCUACUUAAGUGGGUUUUUAAUAUUGCUUAUCCUGCAGUAUAAUUCGAGGAUAGUUCAGUCAAGCCAGGGUCUCGACUUUUAAAUGCCCUUAUCUUCGGCGGUCUACAGAACCGCACUUAUGCGGCAGAAUUGUCUCCCAUUUAUUCUCGUUUUCCUUAUAUAUCCAAAUAUAUUUUGUACAAGUACAAAUAAAAUUAUUCUUUCUUGUAUUACUUUUAUACUCCGAGAAAGGGAAUCUUCCGAUUGUGAAACUUUUUUCAGUUCCCGAAUAAUUUGGGACCCGAACUACCUUUGCAUUUGAGCUUAAGGUUUACAGUAUAUGCUUUUAAUAUAAGGAAAAUCGUACAUUCUUCCGUACAGUUAAUAUGUCAUAUAGGAUUUCUAAAUUGUGAAGUGGGUGCGAACAGUGACGUAUGCUUCACAAGGAGCAUAACGGAACGGGCAGAUAUGACGUCUUUCGUGUUGACACUGCAUGAUCUUAAAAAUAUUAUAAUUAGAAACUUUGGCAAGGAUAGGUUGAAGGCCCCCAAGCAUCUGUGGCAUACAAAGAAUACCUACUAUACUUAUUUAAGAGGGUUUUAGACCGGCACGAUUAUUUUGGUUUGGUGUUUCAUCGUACAAGGUUUGGUCGUCUGUUGUAGACGGUCCGGCGAAUUAUCUACAGUCACCUUAGCUCAAAAAGUUGAGAAACGAUCGUUAUAGACGGUCUGGUGCAUUAUCUACAGUGAACUCAGCUCAGGGAGUUGAGAAGUAAUCGUUAUAGGCACUCUAUGUUUAUUUUCUUAAUUACCUUGCUUAAUUUCCAUUGCUAUAUGUCAAUGCAUUAGAGCUUCUCCGCCCGAAAAACGGAUUUACCAAUGAUCUAGACUUAUUUCGCCAUUCUUCUAUGCAUACAUAGGCCCCGCCCGUAAAACCCCUAUUACCGUAAGACAGGCACAUUUGGCUGGACGUGUGUUUGCGGUCCUUCACCCGAUCGUUGUCAAAACUUUUAUAAUCGACAGAUACCCUUUCACAAAGUAUUAAAUUCGAAGAAGACAUAAUUUACUACCAAAGUAGAACAAUGGAUGCUUUUGUUCAUGUUUCGUAUACGACGCAUUUGGAUUUAUAUGGCAGCGAAAAUCAGUCGAAACGACCAUACUACUUAGGUGGCCAUUAUAUCGAGUGCGGUCUUCGUAGGUGACCGGAGAGAAGUAAAGUUAAAAGCCGACGCCCUGGCACGACUGAAAUAUCCUAGAAUUAAGCUGCGCGAUAAUUAAUAUAACAACCCCAUCCAAGUAAUUCUUCCGUAUCAAAAACUAAUUUUAGAAUUUCAGUUAACAUUUCAUGAGAUUGCACACUAAGUGUAUAUGCCUCUAGCAGGGUAGAGCACACCUUAGUGGGAGUGGGAUUUGCCAUGAUACUCGGCAAAUGAUUGGAGCCUGAGAGGCCAACGGAAAGUCAUUGUUUCGGCGUGUUCAGAACUGUCGGCAGAGAAGGUGAAUCGCGGUGGACGCUUGCAGGCGCGGGAGCAGCAGAUUCCCAGCUGUCUCACGGCAAAUACCAAUCCCUUUAGCUCUGGACAGAUGCGCACUGCACAUUUCCCACUAAGCCCUGGGUUUGGUAUGUCUGACUGGCGACGGCUAGUAAGCCAGAAACGGCUAUUCAGCCUCCGUUGUCUUUGUCGGCAGUGUCAUCCUGCCUACAUCAUGCGCCGCUGAGCGGUUGCUAGGAGGGCAUGAGAUCGAAUCCUCCCCCCCCCCCUCCAGCGCCACUCCAAUGUCAUCACUGAAUGUCGUGCAGAAUGCCCGCGUAGACGGGACCAGUAAAGCCAACCCACCCAGUAUUUCCAUCCCAUAUUAACACGCACGUUCCAAAACUGUACAUAUUCCGCCAAGUUCUGAGUUGUCUGAGUAUUUAACCGUGCUCGUUUACGUUACCAUGGUUAUAUUCUGCACUAUAUCAAUUGAAGUAAAUCCCCGCUAUGCUGCUGUAUGAAGUUACCACGGCCUACGACACACUCUACGACGAGGCGAGCAUGCUUUCUAAUGUGUCAUUUUCCGGAUAUAUAGAUAAACAUCAGCGGAGCCCUUAUAUAGUCCAAGAAAAUAAAUAGGAUGAACAUACUGUUGAACAAAUCACACAGACGUCUACCCAACGCCAGUACGCAGUAACCAUGCAAACAGGGAUGGUUUUGGUAGAAUAGCAUUACCGACAGAGAUAGGGGAGACUGAAAUGGCCAUUUCUGGCUUCUUGGCCGUCGUCAGCCAGUCAUGCCCAAUCCCCAAGUGUGGAACACCUGGGGCUCAAUCCCGCGACCUGUCGGUCAGAAGUCUAAAGCCUCUAACCACUGAGCCACGGGCUCGUUGUCCUGUCUCCCUUGUCUUUGUCGGUAAUGCUAUUCUGCCUAUAUCACGCGCCGCUGUGCGGCUGCUAGUUGGGCUCGAGAGGUGCCCUAAGUGAUAAGUGAAUUCCGUAACAUGGUCGGUGAGCGCCCCUCUACCAGGGAUGGUUUUAUUUUCAGUCCUGCUAAAAUUUUUUAAGGAUUUUGCGAAAUAACUAUCCAUCGCGGGUGGACUAGAAGUUAUCAGGAAACGGAACGGAAAGAAUGUUGAAAGGACACAGGUUUCCAGACGGUCUUAGCCCAAAAUACACUAACUGAUUUCUGGCUAUUUGAUGCGAGAGCAUUUACUGAUGGCUGCACCGAGGCAGAAUACACAAGCUCUGCUGAGUAAUUUCAUCAUGGUCAUAAUCUCCGCUGGACUGACCAAUGGGAAUAUGGCCAGGAUUUUUGACGAAUAAGUAAUCUUUGGGUAGCGUCACUUGUCAGAAGUGAACAGAAAUGGACGUCAAGAUGGCACCUUGGAGAAUGCCGCAAAGUUGGAACGCACGGCAAACUGGCUAAUUGGAGCUCGGAUAAGAAAGACUGUUCGCAGCUGAUGAAGAAAUUCAGCCGUGGUAGUAGAGGAGAAGGCGAAUCGCGGUUGACGCUUUCAGGCGCGGGAGCAGCAGAUUCCCAGCUGCUCAACGGCAAAUACGAACUCCCUUAACCUUGGACAGACGCGCACAGCACAUGUCCCGCUAAGCCCUGGGUUGGGUAUGUCUGACUGGUGACGGCUAGUAAGCCAGAAACGGCUAUUCAGCCUCCGUUGUCUUUGUCGGCAGUGUCAUUCUGCCUACAUCAUGCGCCGCUGAGCGGUUGCUGGCAGUGCAUGAGAUCGAAUCCCCCCCAGCGCCAUUCCAAUAUCACCACUGACAGACGCGCACUGCGAGUGUAUGAGUAUCACUGGACCCGGUCUCACAAAUUACGGUGCAUUCCUUCGCCCCAAAAAGCAUUAGGCGGGAAACAGACGCGACAACUGAGCCCCCCGGGAGCCCAGUGGUAGCUGACUGCACUCGACCAUGUUGUUGAAAAUGAAGCUGGCUAAUGGCAGUCACCAAAAGAACGCACACUGAUGGACAUGAGCAGGGUUCAUCAGUUGCCGGGUUGACAUUGUGGCUGUACUGCUGCGCAUUAGUGUUCCGCCACAGCAACACGUUGUCUUCCCCCCCCCCGUGCCUGCGUCGGAGAGUCAGUGUUGGAGCUUCUCUGUUCCACCGACACACUGCACAGUUCAACCUUCUUUGAGUCACACAAAUUGCGCACUAACCGAGUCGGGCCCUCCAACACGCCAAACCACUGCCACCCCCGGCUAACCUGCCCCACUUCUGUGGUGCUUUUAGUCCGGUGGUGAGGAAUGGUUGUGAGAACUGUAACACAUUUUAUGGCAGCCAAGAAGCAGCCUCAGCUAACCCGGCUAGUGCCAGGCUAAAGAAAAAGUCACUACGAAGUUAACCUGUGACCCAUUGGCUUCUCGCCUGUCUCUAGGGCCUGAGACCUGCUACUCUCGAGUCGCGUCUUUGGAGCCGCAUCUAAAUUGCCAGUUCCGCUGUGGAGCAAAAAUUCUCCGAGACCGGUGGGUCGCAUUUCGCACCCACGACUUGAAGGCUGCUUUCCAGUAUGCCAUCGCAGAGGCCUGGUAAAUUUUCUUCCGUUGCUUCAUCAGACUUGACGGGAAUCAGCUGUUUUGGGCACGAUUUUGUUAGUAAAAUUGCCUCUGCUUAUUGCACAAACGAGGUCUCAUUAAUUUAUCUGCGCCCCUUCGAGUCUGAGGUGGACAUUUGUGGCGCUGUUAUGCACGACUGACCGAGGACGUUCAAUAAACCCGGGUGAAGGACACCAAACACGCAAAUGACCAGCCAAAGGUGCCUGUCUUACGGGGAAGGCGGCAAUAGGGGUUUUACGAUCGGGGCUUAUGUAUGCAUACAGGGAUGGCAAAAUAAGUACGGAUAAUUGGUAGAUUUGUUUUUCGGGUGGAAACGUUUAAAUGCAUCGACAUACAGCAACCGAAAAUAGGCAGGACAGCUAAAAAAUAAACAUAGAGUGUCUGCAACGAUCGCUUCUCAACUCUCUGAGCUGAGGUCAUUGUAGAUAAUGCGCCAGACCAUCUAAAACAGACGACCAAACUUUUUACGAUGAAACACCAAACUGGAAUAAUCGUGAUGGACCUAAAUCCACUUACAUAAGUAUAGUAGGUAUUUUUUGUAUGCCACAAAUGCUUGGGGGCCUUCACCCGAUCCUCACCAUCUAGUCUCCCACCCCUUUUCUGUUCGACAUGCAUCUGCUAAAGGAGAUGGUAAGAUGUGGUUAUGUAGCCGCACCUGAUGGACACAAUGCUGUUAACAUAAUUAAUUUGAUUUGGUGUGAUUACGUUGAAAUGGUGCUGUUGUGCGUUGCAGUGUGUGAUCUGUUGGCAGCCUUGUUUCUUAACUGCCGUUUCUACCAUUUUCGGCCCAACGAUGGUGGUCCUUCUUGACUUUCGGUCUGUCGUCUUCUUCUAACUUUCGCGUUGGAUGUUUCAGGGUUAGGGUUAGGGGUUAGGACCGGGGCUUGGGGUUAGGGGUUAGGUCAACUAUUUCUCAACCACUCAAAGUACAACGGCGCAUUCCCAAUAGCCUUUCUUUUACAUACAAUUACUCAACCUCGUCGCCUGUGCGUUCCCCGGCCCCACCUGUAAAAACCCCUAUUACCACUGUUCCCGUAUUACAGGCGGCUGGUGUUUGUUUACAUCAGGUGCGGCUACAUAACCAUUUCUGACUAAGGAGAGAACAGUGAGAUAGUGCGGGAAAUAGAGUGAACGGUGGGGAGAGUAGAAAAGGGAGAGGGGAAGAAGAAAACGAAGAAGGUGCCAAGAAGGGGAUGAUGACGAUGAUGAUGAUGAUGACGACGACGAUGACGACGACGACGACGACGACGACGACGACGACGACGACGACGACGGGGAGGAGGAGGAGGAGGAGGAGGAGGAGGAGGAGGAGGAGGAGGAGGAGGAGGAGGAGGAGAAGGCCAGUGAUGCCGGCGGCGACAGAAUUGUGCUAGACUGUCCAAUAUAUCAUUCCAGAUUAGCCGGCAUAAUAUUUUAA